AUGUCUAUGAUGUUGAGUAGGAACUAUAGGAAGCCAUAUAUGGCGCAGCUAAGCCGGAUUGCUUGUCGGAUGUCUUCGUCAGUGGUUAAGAAACAGGAAGUAGGUAAGAAUGGUACUGGUAUAGUGUUCAUGAAUAUGGGCGGUCCAUCUACUGUGGGGGAGACGUAUGAUUUUUUGUAUCAACUCUUUUCUGACUAUGAUUUGAUUCCUAUCAGUAAGAAUUGGCAACCGGCGAUUGCUAAAUGGAUUGCGAAGAGACGUACCCCAAAAGUCGAGAAGCAAUAUGAAGAGAUUGGUGGUGGGUCGCCUAUCUUCAAGUGGUCUAAAUACCAGGUUGACAGGGUUUGUGAGCUCUUAGACGAGAGGAGUCCUGAGACUGCACCCCAUAGGCCGUACGUUGCAUUUAGGUAUGCGAAACCGUUGACUGAUGAAACGUAUAAGAAAAUGAUGAGUGAUGGGGUUCGGAGGGCGGUUGCGUUUCUUCAAUACCCACACUUUUCUUAUGCAACGUCGGGCUCCAGUCUAAAUGAGUUAUGGAGGCAGAUCAAGCGUUUAGACCCGGAACGCACGAUUAGUUGGUCAACAAUCGAUAGGUGGCCUGGGCAGCCAGGGUUGAUCAAGGCCUUUGCUGAGAAUAUAGACAAGAAGCUAUUAGAGUUCCCAGAGGAAGUUCGUAACGACGUCAUUAUUUUGUUUUCUGCUCAUUCUUUGCCGCUGGAUAUUGUUAACGCUGGGGAUGCAUACCCAGCCGAGGUCGGUGCGACGGUGUAUAAGGUUAUGGAGAGCUUGAAGUUCAAGAAUCCAUAUAGACUUGUUUGGCAGUCUCAGGUUGGUCCUAAGCCAUGGUUGGGCCCACAGACGUCGAAAAUCACCGAAUUCUUGAGCCCAACUGUCCCAGGUGCCGUGUUGGUUCCAAUUGCCUUUACGUCGGACCAUAUUGAAACUCUGUUCGAGAUUGAUUUAGAAUUAAUUGGAGAGUCUCCAUAUAAGGAUAAGUUGAAGAGGUGUGAAUCUUUGAAUGGUAGUGAGACGUUUAUAAAUGGUUUGGCAGACUUGUUGGAGUCACAUCUAAAGGGCGACACUGGUCUGUACUCCAAACAACUACCUCUCGACUUCAAACUAGGAAGAUCAGCAGAUCCAAUUACAGAGGUAACCGAGGUAUUUGGUGAUCAUUCCAAAUAG